CGGGGUGGGAGAGCCAGGCUCGGCGGGGCGAGGCCCAGAGCCCGGGCGGGGGCGAUGGAGGAGGCGCUGCUCUCCACCCCCAUCAACCCUAACAACUUCCCCGCCAAGCUGUGGCGGCUGGUGAACAGCCCUCGGUACCGCUCGAUCCGCUGGGACGGCCGCGGCGAGGGGCUGCUCAUCGACCAGCCGCUCUUCGAGGCCGAGCUGCUCAGCCCGCCGGUGGCCGGGGCGGGGGGCGGCACGGGGGGCGGCGGGGGUGGCGGCGGCGGCGGCGGCGGCGGCGGUGGCGGCGGGGCAGAGCCUGAGCUCUUCAAAACCACCAACUUCACCAGCUUCAUCCGCCAGCUCAACCUCUACGGCUUCCGCAAGGUGGUGCUGGGCGGGCCGGGCGCGGCGGGGCCGGGGCCGGGGCCCGGGGGCGGAGGGCCGGCCGGCGACGGGCCGCUGCACCACUUCCACAGCCCGCACUUCCGCCGGGACCAGCCGCAGCUGCUCGUGCACCUCAAGAGGCUGACGAGCGCCAACAAGGCCAAGCUGGCGGCCGGCCUGGAGGUGCCCUGCCGCCCACCCAACCGCUUCCAGAGGCUCCUCAUCACGUCGGCCUCCGCCUCGGCCUCGGCCUCCACCUCCCCGCUGCAGCACCAGGAGCCGCCGCCGCCGCCGCCGCCCGCGGGGCCCCGGCCGGAGCCGCAGGGGCCAGUGGCUGUAGGACAAUUCCACCGGUCAUUCCGGAGAGAGAGUCUGUCUCCUUACUCCUACGUAUCAACUUCAUCCCACAACCACAGUACUUUCCCUCUGAAAGGUUUAGAUCGGACCCCAAUUCCUCCUAGAACAUGGCAGAACUCCCUUGGAAUGCACCCAGGACAAGUGGAAACGACUCCCACUUUUUCAGAUAAAGGGGUUCCAUUUCCUGUACUGCAGAGAUUUCCAACUGAGGUUACCUAUACCCUGCAGCCCAGCGCCACAUCUGUACACGUUCAACAAGGUCCUCAAACAAUGGUCAGCUCCUCCCAAAAAUAUAGUAACUACACACCCUCAGCACAGUACUCCCAAGCCUACUAUCCAACAGCUGUGCUACAGUGCUGUUCUCCUUCUACGCACAUGGAUGCUUUAAGUAGUUGUGUCACUCCCACUGCCUCGUCAUAUGCUCAUUGCAACUACUUCCAGUCCUAUUUUCUCUUUUCUCAGAAUCCUCCAAUGCAAUCCUCCUAUCCAGUUGAAUUUCUGCCUUCUAAUUGGCCUUGCAGUGCUACUGAUGAAAAUAAAAAAACAGAAGUAAACCUAGAGGCUGUUUUUCAGAUAGUAGAUGAGUUGCAUGCUUCCCCUAAACUGGAAAUGGUAAAGGUGGAGCCUGUUGAGAAUCAGUGCCCAACAUCUCAGUCUAACAGAGGUCAACAUAUCCUAGCUAAUUCAAACAACAGCAAUGCAUCUUCCACAAGUCAGGCUAGCCACCUGGAGCCACUUACUCCUGUAGGCUCAGAUAUUACAUCUUUUGUGGUCGGAACAGAACAAGCAAUUACCUGCUCUCUGCCACAGUCACCUGAGUACAUCUAUACCAUCCAUACAGCUCAACCUGUUGAAAAUACAAUACAGGAAACUACAGCCAUUCAACAAGCUCAUGUCAAACUGAAGGAGCAGCUAAGUCAUAAUCCGUCUCCAACCUCUGUAGUAUUUGUGCAGGAGGGGCUACCGUUCAGCUCACACCAGGUGGAUGCCAGUAUAAAAUGCCAGACCAAUACACCUGAAAAUAUCUUGCCUUCAGAACAGAUGGGAUUCCUUAUUUCAGACAUGGGGCCUGCUAGCAAGCCUAGUAAAGACACAGGCUUAUCCACUCCAGCCAGAAACAGAGAGCGAAGAAGCAACUUGCAGCAAGGAAAGUCCCCUGAUCUUCAUCUGCUGGUGGACGUGGCUUGCAAGCAGGAACACUUUCCAAAGGAGGAAGAAUUAAAAGAGUGAGGCAUGAAUGACAGAUGUGACAUUGUGCACUGGCUGUAGCUGGAGGCAGACUAGCCUUGCACAUGACACACUUUUGGGAUUUUUUUUCCAGUUCUGUUAAGGAAAAAAAAAAAAGCAUUUCUGUUUUGUUAAUUGAGAAUUUUGUUAUUUGAGAAUUGGGAUUUUAUUUACUACAGCUGUUCAGUUCAGAUUAUUUACCUUGACAAGCUACUGUAAACACCAAGCGGCCCCCCCCCUUUUUUUUUUUGCUGCCCAGAACUCUUUCAAAUGAAAAGUCCUGGCCUUCUGUUACAGUGAAGAAGCAUCUAAAAACUUCUGCAUCUAUGGUACUGGAGAAUCAACUGUGUGCUCAUGCUAUCAUCUUGCCACUUUUAAACUAUAGUCAGCACAACCCUAACGGGAGUUCAGUCUGUUUCAUACCACAUUGUGAUCCUUUUAGAGAAAAUUGUGUGAGAAACAAAGGAAUGCCAGAUGACCAAGAUCACAGGUCUAAUGGGUCAGGAAUUUCAAGGAAGAAACUCUAAUUUUCUAAGUGAUUAACUAGGAAAUUUUCUUGCUUCCUGCCCAGCAUUCUGUUUCAAGAGCAAGGCAUCCGGACUUGGAUCACCCAUCACACUUAACAGCCCGAUUCUUUUUAUUAGUGGGAGCUUUCUUCUAUUUUCAUAUCUUUCUUUAAUUUUAAUGAUACCUUAUCCUAGAUGGUAAGAGGGUUUUUGUUAAUAUAUCACUUAUUUAAAUGUCUUCUGAAGAAAAUUAUUUAAUUUGUUUAAUAUAACUAUUUAUGAAUGCUGGUAGAUUGAAAAGUUUUAAACUUUAUAUUUUUAUUAAUAUUGCAGGAUAGAGGAUGCAUAUAGAGUAUAAAGGACACAAGUGUAAUAUUUUAUUUUUAAGGGGAAAUGUACAGUGGGUGAACAAAAACACUUAAGAUUUAAACACUAUUUUCUUAUUUUAGAUUUUUGCUUCCAGAAAGUAUAAGUCCUUAUCUGUAUAAAAUAUUGUGUGUAAAUUCUAAGAACUGAUUAGUAGUCAUUUAACAGGAUCUCUAUCUCUGAUAUUUUAUGUCUGGUCUAGGCUUGUAGAGACUUUCAGAUAGAGGGAUUGAGAAUGAUAUUUGAAUGUUAUCCUUGUCUGUAGGAUUCUAAAUUCAAGUUGUAAGACUGUGACUAGUUUAUGGAUGCCUAGUCUCUGUAGUUGAUCCUUAUUUGCUCUCCAAUGACAGAAAGGGAAUUUCUGACUUAAAGUCUUUUAAACUGACUAGGACUUUUCUGCUCCAGUUUUCCUAACAAGCACUACAGAAACAAAAAGGAAAGCCUAGGAAUAUGAAAUUUACUUAAAAGAAAAGGCACUUAGUGAUAUAACAUGCUAGCUAUUGUAGGUGUAACAAUGCAUAUCUUAAAUUGUAUUGUGCCUUUCCAGUGAUGCCAAACCCAAAAAUGUUACGGAGAUAUUAGAUUUUUGGAAAAGGGUGAGCUCUGUAAUAUCUAAACUGAAUAGAUAUGAGAGUAGGUUCUGAAAAGUGACCUCUUUUGGUCCAUUCUGAUUAGACUAGUUGAUGUCCAUGUGAUGGACAUUUAUUCAUAUUUAUUAGCAAGAUUUAAAAGAUGAAAAUAUUAUCAAGACUCCUACAUCUUUUGUCCAGACAAUGAAUUUCGGCAGAGUAUAUGAAGAGAAAACCCACUCUCCAGGUGAAGGGACUUUGCCUUUGCUCUGUCAUUGAAAAGCUGAUAUACUGUGUAGGUGAUAUUCCUUUCCAUAAAUAUGCCUUUAUCUUAGCUUUGUAUAUGUUAAGAGAACUAUAUCGUUUAAGGGACAUGUGUCAAGCAGGAUCUUUGGCAUGAAUUUGGUUUCAGUAGUUUUAAUGAAAUGCCUUUUAUCAACUUUCCAAUUUUUAAAAAAAUAUGUGAAUACAACAGACCAAGGAGCUGGAUCUCCUGCUAUCCCCACAUGCCUGCUACCCAACAACUAAAGCUACUCUUACUGACUUGGGCAAAAUGGUAAAAUCUGAAAAUCUUUGUGUGAUUUAGUCAGUAGGAUCUGAUAACUACCAACAAGUUCCUGACUAGCACCUCAGUAUUUCAGCUCGAUAAGCAUGAUAAAUUUCAAUCAUUCAAUAAUAAAGUGAGUGUUUCAACUAGA